AGGCCAGCUGGAGGCAUGGAACCGCCUGGAUGGGAAAUUGGGUUUUGCUCAGUUUUUUUCUCUUUCUUUUUUUAAGUUAAAAGCAGAUUUUAUUCGAAGUACUGAGGAAGGGCAGGAGAAGAUAAGAAAGGGAGAGAGUAACGCGCUUUAGAGGGAACGCAAGCUUCUCAAAGGUGGUGGGAGCCCAGGAACCAUGUUGCUGGAAAUUCUCCUCACCGGUGUGCUGGGCUUUGCCAUCUAUUGGUUUCUUUCCCGGGAUAAGGAGGAGGCAUUGCCGAUGGAGGAUGGGUGGUGGGGGCCUGGGGUGAGGCCCACAGACAAGGAGGACGAGAGCAUCCGGCCCUUCAAGGUGGAAACGACAGACCAAGAGAUCAAGGAUUUACAGGAGAGGCUGGAGAAGGUUCGCUUAACAGCCCCGCUGGAGGACAGCUGCUUCCACUAUGGCUUUAACAUCAAUCAUCUGAAGAAAGUCAUUGCCUAUUGGAAGAGCGAAUUUGACUGGAAGAAGCAGGUGGAGAUUCUCAACAAGUACCCACACUUCAAGACCAAGAUUGAAGGACUGGACAUCCACUUUAUUCACGUGAAGCCUCCCAACCCCCCUUCUGACUGUACCCCGAAACCCUUACUGAUGGUGCAUGGCUGGCCCGGCUCCUUCUACGAGUUCUAUAAGAUCAUUCCUUUCCUGACGGACCCCAAGAGCCAUGGCAUGAGUGAUGAGCUUGUGUUUGAGGUCAUCUGCCCAUCUAUCCCUGGCUACUGCUUCUCAGAGGCAUCCUCCAAGAAAGGCAUGAACUCAGUGGCCACUGCCAGGAUCUUUUACAAGCUGAUGAGGCGUCUGGGCUUCCAGGAAUUCUACAUUCAAGGCGGUGACUGGGGGUCCCUGAUUUGCACCAACAUGGCCCAGCUGGUGCCCAGACACGUGAAAGGCCUGCAUUUGAACAUGGCUUUCCUUUCCAAAAAUAUCCACUUCUUCACCCUUCCCUUGGCCUUACGUUUCCCGAAGCUUUUUGGCUACACGGAGAGAGACAUGGAGUUGAUGACCCCCUUCAAGAAGAAGUAUUUUUACAGCAUCAUGCGGGAAAGUGGCUACAUGCACAUCCAAAGUACCAAGCCUGACACCGUGGGCUGUGCCCUGAACGACUCUCCUGUGGGCCUGGCUGCCUACAUCCUAGAGAAGUUCUCUACCUGGACCAAUCCAGAUUUCCUGGCCUUGGAAGACGGGGGACUAGAGAGGAAGUUCACCCUGGAUGAGCUGCUGACCAACAUCAUGCUCUACUGGACCACGGCCUCCAUCACCACCUCCCAGCGCUUCUACAAGGAGAACCUGGGCCAGGGCUUCAUGACCCAAAAGCAUGAGCAUAUGAAGGUGUAUGUGCCUAUGGGCUUUGCUGCCUUCCCCUGUGAGCUGCUGCACGCGCCUGAGAAGUGGGUGAGAAGUAAGUACCCGAAGCUCAUCUCCUACUCCUACAUGGCCCGAGGAGGCCACUUUGCCGCCUUCGAGGAGCCGGAGCUGCUGGCCAGGGACAUCCGCACAUUUGUGAGGCUUCGAGAGAGGCAGUGAUCCCACAAGGC